AUGGUUGCAUCUUUACCCUUCAAGCUUGUCAACGACACCAAUUCGGACAAUGUCUGGGCCUAUAUCACAGGCAUCAACAUUGCUGACGGAAGACGUGUUCUGUUACAAGCAGACGGCAAGACCCUCUACUUUCCGGAGAAUCCGCCUGCCAUUGGAUCACCGCUAGCUCAGGACUGCGCCAUACCACUUGGAAAGCCAGGAAACUCCGUCACAACCACUGUACCUCAGAUUGCUGGUGGCCGUGUAUGGUUUUCAAUUGACAGCAAGCUAACCUUCCUCUUGAACCCUGGACCAGCUCUUGUCGAACCCUCUGUCCUGAACCCUAGCGAUCCGAACGCAAAGGUGAAUUUUGGAUUCUGUGAAUUCACGCUGAAUGACGCUCAGCUGUAUGCGAAUAUCAGUUAUGUUGACUUCGUGUCCAACGCUCCCAUUGCCAUUACUCUGGAGAAUUCAGCUGGCACAAUACAACAUGUAUCAGGCAUGCCUGCGAACGGUCUUGAAGGAGUGUGCGCCGACAUGAGGGCUCAGACACAGAAAGACGGAAAACCAUGGGACAGACUGAUCGUUCAGAUCAACGGACAAGACUUCCGUGUCCUCAACCCAUCUCACGGUGAUGCUGUUGGAGCAAGUUUUGCAGGAUAUUACGAGCCCUAUGUCGAGGAAGUUUGGAACUAUUACAGCACUGAUUCCAGAAACUUUACGCUCAACACCCAGGCAGGCCCUGGUGUCCUUGAUGGAAAGGUCUCGAACAAUCAAUUGCUCAUUGGCCAAGAAGCAUUUGAGAAGCCAAGCACAGCAGAUAUCUUUGGAUGUAACAGUGGUCCCUUCACUACCGGCCCAGACGCAACUCGCAACGCGAUUAUCCCUCGUCUCGCCGCUGGUUUCGUGCGUACUACUCUAGUGUCUCAGACUCAACAGCCAUCGGACUCUUCCACCUACUACCAAUCCGAUCCCACCGACCACUACUGUCGUAUUGUACACGACCACAACCUUGACAAGAAGGGCUAUGGUUUUGCGUACGACGAUGUGCAGCCAGAUGGUGGAGAAGAUCAGUCGGGCAAAGUCAACGAUGGUUCACCAGCUCUUUUCACGGUUGCUGUAGGAGGCCAACAUGCCUACGCCGGAAACACACCUCCUGCUGAAGCUAGCAGAGUUGUGGAAGAACAGGCCGAGCCUGCACCAGUGGCUGAAUCUGCUCCUGCUCCUCAAGAAAACGGACAGCAACAGCCGAUGCAAGAAAGCCGUCCACCAAUUCCGCAGCGCAAGAGCAGAGGACUUCGUGGCAAGCUCAGUGGCUGGAAGAAGAAGUUCUUACAGUAG